AUGGGUAUUUUAGGAAAAAAUGAAUAUAUAGAAACAAUAGAAUCCUUGGUGAAAAUUAAAGCCAGAGAAAGUUUAAUAAUAGUAUUGCAUAUGCAGAAUCAGACUGACAUGGAUUGAUCCAAGUUCAAAAUCAGCAGAAUACUCGCAAUUAUCACCCUUUUAUAUCAUUUAGAUAUAGCAAUCGGACAGAGUAAAUGCCUAUUUAAUUAUCUCUUUAAUAUUAUUGAUAAUAUUGACAUAUGUUUUUUAUACUGUGCAAAUCCUACACUUUUAAGAUCUAACUUCUGUGUUUCUGGAAACAAAGAUAAUCUAAUAAGUGUUAGGAAGACAUUAAAUAAAUUAAAGUCUUUCAAUGGCGAUUUUAUUAAAUUCUGACUAAUCUUUUAUUUGUUUUAG